AUGGGUAAUGCUAUGGUAACAUUUUUUCGAGAUUGUUGCAACAAGUUUUUGGGUAAACAGAUAACAUUUCAAAUAAGAAUUUGUGGUCCUGCUCAAAGUGGGAAAACUACAUUUGUCAAGUACCUCUUGCAUAAUCGAUUUUUGAAGGUGAAACCUACUGAAGGUCUUCUCCUGGAGAAAAUCGAUUUCGAAGAAUUUUCCAUUAUCAUAUGGGACUCGCGUUACAGCAUAGAGGACGAUGAGUCCAUUAACAGGCUAGACAUUGACGCAGUUAUUUAUUGCAUGGAUUUGUCGGAUCAUGGGAGGUUAAAAAUAGCAAAAAAGGGAUUCUAUAAGGUACUACAGGACUACAACCAUAUUGAUGAUUUCCUAGUUGUGGCUAGUAAACAAGACAAGAAAGGAUGUAUGUUACUGCAACAUGUUAGAGGGGAACUCAAAAUUGAUCACAUUGUUGAUAGGAAUUGUCAUUUGGCAGAAUGCUCUUCGAAGACCGGACAUGGCGUAGAUCCUGCAAUGAAUUGGCUCUUCAACCAAUUGAUGAACAAGAGGAAAAGGAAUUUAUGUUUUAUGAAAUAA